AUGAAUAGAACUUUAACUAUUGAUCCUUCCAGUGAUGGAACGACUGGAUACUUUCUGAUUGAUGAAAGUAUGAGUGCAAUGAAUUUUUUUGAAGUAAAAAGCACUGUUUUUAAUCAGCAAAUGACUAGUUUAUAUGAAUUGGUUAGAGAACAUCAACCAGCCAAUAUUGUUUAUGAAGGCAUCCAAUAUAUCAAUAAGGACAAUAUAAGCAGUAAUACCGGCUCUUUAUUUAAAUUAAUGGGAUCAAUUGAAAGUUUAAAAAAUAUGAAAAGUAAAUUACAAAAAUAUUCCGAUCAAGAACUUGUUAGCGAGUUGGAAAGGAGAAAAGAAAUUAAAGAGAAAUUGGCUAGAAAUAAUUUGACUAUGUUGAUUAGUUCUGAUAUUAAAGAGACUAUUAGAAUUCCCAAAAGAGUUAAAAAGAUAAGAGUUUGUGAUGAAAAAGAACUGGAAGGUGAACGAAGUAAAAAUCGAUUACAAUUGCUCUUUAAACAAUUAGAGGAAGUCAGCGAACUGGAAACCUUAGCAAGAUUAGAAGAAAAGUUAUUAGCAACUAUUAACCAAGAAAUUGAGAAGAUUGAAGAAAAUAACCAGCAAGACCUGGCCCAAGAAUUAACUAAUGAGGAAUUGUGA